GGCUCGUUUCCUGUUCACCGCUCACCGUGACAGCCAGCCCAUAGCGCAUGCUCCCCGACUCGCUGCCUGCCCGCACAUACCCCGCCACGACGUCGCCGUAGCUCCAAGCACAACACCACACCAUGAGCGCCGCCUUCCAGGUCGAGGUCCCCGGCGAGGCCAAUCCCCUGACAGAGGGCAUCCUCUUCCACGUCCUGCGCUCGGCCUCGUCCACAGACCAGACGCAGGUCCAGAGCGGCGCAAAGCAGCUGCAGCACUGGGAGAAGACGCAGGGCUUCUACCCUCUCCUCCAGGCCGUCUUUCUCGACCGCUCCCUUCCGCUCGAAGUGCGCUAUCUCGCCAUUAUCCAACUGAAAAACGGCAUCGACAAGUACUGGCGCAAGACUGCCACCAAUGCUGUGAGCAAGGAGGACAAGGCGACUAUCCGGGGGCGUCUGCUCGAAAGCGCCGUCAACGAGGCAGAUCCCCGCCUGGCCCUCCAAAACGCCCUGGUCGUCGCAAAGAUUGUCCGCUUCGAGUUCCCCAGCGACUGGCCAGAUCUCUUCCAGCAGCUCCUCCACAUCCUCCGUUCCUCGACCGAUCCAAACGCUUACCCGUUGCAGCUCCCACGCGCGCUCCUCGUUCUCUUGUACAUCAUAAAAGAACUGUCUACCGGACGCUUACUGCGCACGCGCCAAAGCCUGCAGACAGUGGCUCCCGAAAUCUUCAGUGUUCUGGGUGCGAUAUACGUGAACAAGGUACAGACAUGGCAGUCCUUCUUCCGCAAUGGCAGCGAUGACGAGGGCGGCGCAAUAGAGAGCAUUGACCACAGUCUGCUGGCUAUCAAAACCAUCAGACGACUAAUCAUUGCCGGAUAUGACUUUCCAGGCAGGGACAAGGACAUCCAGGACUUCUGGACCCUGACCCGUACUCACCUCGGAGAGUUCCUACAGUACGUAGCGCCAGAAAACUCUCCUCUUGCGGCAGAAGUCCAGAAAAAGGUCGGAAAGCACCUGCUGCAGCUCGCCAAGCUCCACCUCAACAUGGCCACUACUCACCCCUCAGACUUUGUUCUUUUGCCCAACUCGAUAGAUCUUGCCCGCGAUUACUGGAGCCUGGUCUCAAAAGUGGGCGAGCAGUGGGCAUCUACGUCGAUAGAAGGGGCCAAGGUUGGCACUGACGGCGAUGCCGACGACGAAGCACCCAUUCUCGAGCGUCUCGCUCUCAAAGGUUUGUUGUUGAUUCGUGCCUGUGUGAAAAUGGUCUUUUAUCCCACCCAGACCUUUCGCUUCAAGCAUCAGCAGGAAAAAGAUGAGAAGAAUCAGGCUACGCACAUGGUUCGAACAAACUUCUUCACAGACGACCUUGUUGGCGACAUGAUAUCAGCACUGGUCCAGCGCUUUUUCGUCUUUCGACCCAGCGACCUCCGCAUGUGGGAGGAGGAGCCCGAUGAGUGGGAGAAGAUGGAAGAAGGCGCAGAGGACUGGGAGUUCGCCAUCCGACCCUGUGCCGAAAAGCUGUUCUUAGAUCUUGCAAAGAAUUUCAAAGAUUUGAUCAUCGAGCCUCUACUCCAAGUCUUCUAUUCUGUCGCGACUCCCCAGAAUGAGGAUAUCUUGUUCAAGGACUCGGUAUACACAGCCAUUGGCCUUGCAGCUGACAUCCUCCACGACAAGGUCGACUUUGACUCUUUUCUGGAAAACACCUUGGUUGUGGAAGCGACCAAGCAGACCCCGGGCUUCAACAUCAUCCGUCGUCGAAUUGCCAUAAUCAUUUCUCAAUGGAUCACCAUCAAGAUGGCCCAAGAGAAGAAGCCCAUAGUCUACCAAAUCUUCCAACAUCUCCUCGACAAGAGCGACCCGUUGAAUGACCAGGUUGUUCGAAUAACAGCCGGAAGAAAGUUCCAUGCCGUUGCAGACGAGUGGGAGUUCAAGGCCGAUGCCUUUUUGCCAUACUCGCAGAUUACACUCGACAGGCUCAUGGCCCUGGUGCAAGAGGUCGAGCUUCCCGAGACGAAGAUGGCGCUGCUGAAUACCAUCAGCCUGAUUGUCGAGAGAAUGGAGCAUCACAUUACGCCGUACGCCAACAGUAUCAUUGCACUCCUACCUCCACUGUGGGAGCAGUCUGGACAUGAACAUCUAAUGAAGCAAGCUAUCCUCACCAUACUCGCUCGUCUGACCAAUGCCAUGAAGGCGGAUUCGCGCUCCUUUCACGUCUCCUUCUUACCCAUUAUUCAGAGCGCCAUUGAGCCUGGCUCCGAAACCCAAGUUUACCUUCUUGAAGACGCCCUAGAUCUGUGGGCAUCCAUUAUUGCGCAAACGCCAUCGGCUCCUGAACCUACGCCACCCGAACUUCUCAACCUUCUGCAAUACCUCCUUCCUCUAUUUGCCAUGGACAAUGAUACCCUGCGCAAAGCCAUUGAGAUUACCGAAUCCUAUCUUCUCCUUGCACCUUCUGCAGUGCUAGCAGACUCUUUCCGGCCUGCCAUCCUCCAAGCACUCGCUGACUUGCUUGGUACCCUAAAGCCUGAAGCAAAUGGAAUCAUGACGCACCUUGUGACAUGCAUCAUUCGUGGCGCGCAAGGCGUCGGCGGUGAAGAAGCAAUCAAGGUGUUGACGAGCGACCUGAUAUCCACUGGCUUUUUCGCAAAGGUUCUAGAAGGCCUCAACGGCGCAUGGACACAUCACCAAUCCCACGGUCCAUACCGCGAACUCCCCUCUCGCGCCGUCGAUGGCGUCGUAGAAACAGAUUACUUUACCGUCCUCGCCCGCAUUGGCAUUGCAUCUCCUCCCGUCCUCCUCGAAGCCCUGGCCUCUCUUUCCAGCGAAGGACUCGAAAAGACGCUGGAUUGGCUGCUAGAAGAAUGGUUCAGUCACAUUGAAAACAUUGGCGAUGCUCCAAACAAGAAACUCAUGUGUCUUGUUCUCACGCGCUUCCUCGAAGGCGGCCAGCCAUGGAUGUUGGCAAAACUGCAGUCCCUGAUAGGUGUUUGGACCGACGUGCUCGGCGAACUGCUCGACGGCAUGGAUGAUCGGACGCAAGACUCUCUCUACUGGCCCCCAGAGCCCUACCACCCCACGGAACCAGAAGCCCCAGAAGACAUUCGCAAGCGCGAACUCAUCUACAGCGAUCCCGUGCAUCAAAUCAAUCUUGUCGCUUUUGUCAGAGACCAUUUGCAGCAGGCCAUUCAGCACGCGGGCGGCGAACAGGCGUUUCACGAUGAGUGGCUGAGUCGCGUGGAUAAGGAGGUGCUCAAGGGAUUUGGCGAGCUGGGUAUCAUGUAA